AUGGCUUCUUUCAAUAUCACCCUCGAGGACCACUCGCCUCUUAUUACUUACGCACCUGCCGGAGCCUGGACAGAUACCCCCGCUAAUGACUCACUGGCUUCGGACUACUCCGAUGCGUCAUUCCAUACGACAUCAGCGCAGGACGCUUCAGCUACUAUACAGUUUAAUGGUACUGGUAUCUCUAUAUUUGGUGGCAAACGAUCAAAUUACGGAACGUUCAAGCUUACUGUGGAUGGCAAGACUAUAACGGAGGCGUCCGCUGCGUCUUCAAGCUCGUCGACGAAGCAGCUCCUAGCAUCGGCUUCGGGAUUGGAAGAUGGGCCGCACACUGCUGUCUUCACGCAUGCGGGGGGCGGGGCGAUUGACAUUGACUCGGCAGUAUUGGAAGCGCGGGUUGGAUCAGGAAGCAUAAGACUGACACAGAAAGAAAUCGAUGACUCGGAUCCAAGCAUCACGUACGCGCCAGCCACUUCUUGGAAUGCAAACUCCCGGCCUGAAUUCAUCAAUAACACCCUCCGUUUCACGUCUUCUCCCGAUGCUACUGCUUCCAUGAGUUUCUUCGGGGAUGCUGUCGCCAUCUACGGCACUGUCGCGCCCGAUCAUUCCGACUUUCAAAUCACUCUAGAUGGCAAGCAGACGACGUUGCGCGGUGGCGCCGGUGGGAUGGUUAGAACGCUCAGGCCGAAGUCACUUUUGUAUUUUGCUAGUAACCUUGGAAUGCAAGACCAUCAAAUAUCUCUUCAGCCAGUGUCAACGGAGAAUGCUCCGUUCCUGGAUCUGGAUGGCAUUACUGUUUACUCUGCUGUGAAGACGAAUAACAACCAAGCAAGCCCGUCGGGUGCGACUCCUACCAUUAACCAGCCUGCCCCUCCUUUCAAUACCGCAGGCGUUCAAGGUGCACAAGCCUCAAAAGCAACCUCGAGGACAACCAUCAUAGCUGCUGCCGUCGGCGGCGGGCUGGGCUUCCUACUUCUGCUGGCCCUGGGCUUGUUUCUGUUCUUCCGGCGUCGACGAAGGCAACGCAGGGCCUACGUCGAUGAUGAUCUCUCCCCGAAAUCGCCGCAUCUUCCAAUACAGAAGCCACGGUUUAGCGAAGCACCCAGUACGAUUGCUAACCGGUGGUCCUUCCAGACACCGUUCGUCCCUCAAUCAAGGGUAACUAGUGUUGCAUCGUCAUAUGAAUCGACUGCCCCCAUGAUGAAGGACGUACCGAUCAUUAAACCCCCGUCGCCGGCGCGGAUGUCGAACACGAGUAACGCUGUGGGACCAAACCGACCGAUGCGGGCCCCGUACACUCCAGGCACCCCCUCGCGCCCCGCGAGACCCCCGACAUUGAACUAUGAUUAUUGGGACGGUGGACCUGAAGGCCAACCGAGUCGAGCUGUAUAA